UACUACCAUAAUUUCCACUAUAUCCGACCACUUGAACCACCCGGCUGUACGGUAACAAGCCGAGGCCCAUUCAGACUACUUUGAUCAGACGCUAAAGUGAUAAACAAAACAUUAUUUCCCCCUCCUUAUUUUGGACCAGUCUGAAAUCACUAUCACCAGGGAGAGUUUUUGAGGAGAAAGUGCGACACAGUUUUUUUUUCUCCUGAGAAUGUGGCGAACCUGAGUUUUAGAGAAGAGGAAAAAGACGAAUUUGCAGCUAAUUGAACGAUCAACAAGUCCGGAGUGUGUUUGAUGGCGAGGACUACCUGAAAUCUCCUCAGCUACAACCGGAACAGGGGAAGAGCAGCGGCCAUACACUGUACGAUCACAUUACCUGCCGGCGCACCGUGAAGAGAGGAUGUCUUGGCUGAGUGAGAUGAUAUGGGCGGACUGGAUUUGGUUUCCUGAAGGCCACGGCUGGGCUGACCUGAAGGACCACGAUGGCAAAUUCUACCCUAAAACACAGGACCUCUGGGCUACCAUCCCCAUCGCUCUCUGCUUCCUGGUCAUCAGACAGAUAUUCGAGAGGACCGUAGCGAUUCCUCUGGCCUCCCUGUUGGGAGUGAGUGACAAGCAGCGUGUUCGUGCUCCUCCAAAUCCCGCCCUGGAAUCCUAUUUCUGCAGCACAUCAAAGCAUCCCACACAGAGCUCCAUAGAGAGUUUAAGUAAACAGACGGGCUGUUCAGUGCGACAGGUCCAGAGGUGGUUCAGGAGGCGGAGAAACCAGGACCGGCCCAGCAAGCUCAAGAAGUUUCGGGAAGCAAGUUGGAGAUUUACCUUUUACCUUCUUGCUUUCUUUGCUGGCCUGGCAGUUCUAAUUGAUAAACCAUGGUUCUAUGAUAUGAAGCAGAUGUGGGAUGGCUUCCCGAAAAUGCCACUGUUGCCCUCUCAGUACUGGUACUACAUGAUCGAACUAGGCUUCUAUGUCUCACUGCUUUUUAGCGUAGCAUCGGAUGUCAAACGAAAGGAUUUCAAAGAGCAGAUAAUCCACCAUGUAGCCACCAUCGUCCUUAUCAGUUUCUCCUGGCUGGUCAACUACAUCCGGGCAGGGACUUUGAUUAUGUUAGUGCAUGAUGCCGCCGACUAUCUAAUGGAGUCAGCCAAAAUGUUCAACUAUGCAGGUUGGAGGAAAACCUGCAACUUCAUCUUCACUGUGUUUGCUGCCGUUUUCAUCAUCACCCGCCUUGUUAUCCUCCCUUUCUGGAUCAUACAUACGACAUGGGUGUACCCCCUGACCCUCUACCCCCCCUUCUUCGGCUUCUACUUCUUCAAUGGGCUGAUGUUUGUGCUGCAGAUUCUGCAUAUCUUCUGGGCUGCACUUAUCUUGCGAAUGGUCGUCAAAUUCCUGCCAGGAAAUCACAUUGUUGAGGAUGAGCGGAGCGAUAAGGAGGAGACAGAGUCAGAGGAUGAAGACGACGAAUGCAAGUGGAAGGAAAAAUCUAAAAAUGGCCACAUGCAGAACGGCCACACUCCCCUAAACAACAACCACAGAAAGAGGUACUGAUUGGACAGAGAGGUGGAAAUGAGGCUGUGUGAGGAGUGACAAUGGGCCCUCACAUGUGGCCCUCACCUGAAAGCCAAAGAAUGGGAUCAUGACAUGUUGAAAGAGGUGGCACACACACACACACACACACACACACACACACACACACACACCCACCCACACACCGGUAUAUCUAUAUCCUCCUUUCUGAAUCCCCAGUAGUCCAGUGGGGAUAAUUUCAGCUCUCUGUGGAUUACACAAAAUUUUUUCGGGAGAGGAAGACUGUGUUGGAGAACCACUAUGAUCUGCCCUGCAUCAAAGCAGAAGAGUGGUUUUCUCGUUACACACAUCAUCUCCUCUUUUUUAAGCAAUGUUGUGGAUAGGAUGGGCAUUCCCUUCCUGCACUGUCAGUUAACACUUUCCUAAGAAUUACUGCCCUUAAACUUGGCUGAUUUUUGCUCUAAUUAACCACACUGACAUCAGUGACACUGUGAUGAGCACUAAGGUGAACGAGGCCAUGUCUCUCUAUGGACCAUAAUCCGAUUUAAGUCUAUUUACUGAAGUGUCAGUUAAUUCUGAAGUUAGUUUUUUCCACCUGCCAUUUUGUCAGUAGUUUUGAGCCAGUGUUGCUAAAAUACAUCUUUUUCCACUGAUGUUUAAAACAAAAUAAUUGGUCAUAAUUAACUUUUUUUUUUGUUUUUUGUUUUUUUUGAAACAGUGUGAGAAGGUGCUACAUUUGCCAGGUGUGUUGAAAUGUGCCUGAAGUUUGUCUUAAUAUGCUUCGCCUUAUUGGAAGCAGAACGCACAGAGAUCAUUUUAAAUGUUUAUGUUUGUGCUUAAUGUCUUUUAUUUCUUUGAUUUUACUUUGCUUUGUGUUUUAUUUGUUUUCGGUCCAGUCAACGGUUUAAAUUUGGGAGCAAUUUGUUUGAGUGUAGCCCAAACCAAUCAGUAACUGUUUAUGAAUUCUUUAUGGGCUGGAAGAGUCAAUAGCAUUUCCAUUCAGUGUUGUUUUUCCAAUCCAUCCAAAGAUGCACUUUAUGGUUCCUUCUAUAGAUCAGCUUUGACUAAAUAUCUAGUUUAAAAAUUGGAAAAACUUAGUAAAAGUGUUUGAUUCAAAUUCAAACUUGACUUACUUUUAGUUUAGAGAGGUUUGGAGUAUGAUUUCAAUUUUGUUUAAUAUUUAUUCUGAUUAUGUACCCAAGAUUUUCCUCUUCCUCAUUGUUUUGGUUCAUUUUGUAAAAAAAAGGAAAAAAAGGAAAAAAGAAAGGAAAAAAAAAGAACCGUUAAAUGAAAUGUUAAGUAAAGUAGUUAAAAUGAAACACCAAAGUAUGGUUUACAUUUUGUAUGACCUUGUCAUUUUCAAGUGCCUUCAUCAUUUCAAGUGUUAAUUGUAAAAACAAAACAAAACAAAAAACUGAA